AUGGCAGCGAGACUUUUCUCAAAAAAAGCAUCAACACUUGGAUCACAAUAUAUUGCACUUAAUGUUUCCAAGAUAUCACCCAUCGGCUUACGAUCCUAUGCAACAUCAUCGGAUAGUAGUGAGAAUGAAUCCAAAAAGCUGAAUAAAUAUAGCUCUAUUAUCACUCAACCAAAAAGUCAAGGUGCCUCUCAGGCUAUGUUGUAUGCUACGGGCUUAACAGAUGAAGAUAUGAACAAAGCACAAGUCGGUAUUGCGAGCGUCUGGUAUGAAGGUAAUCCUUGUAACAUGCAUCUUUUAGAUCUUGCUGGUGAGGUCAAGAAGGGUGUUCAAAAUGCAGGUCUUAUUGGUUAUCGAUUCAAUACCAUUGGUGUCAGCGAUGGUAUUUCAAUGGGUACAAGAGGUAUGAGUUAUUCUCUUCAAUCUCGCGAUCUGAUUGCUGAUAGUGUGGAAACGGUUAUGGGUGGUCAAUGGUACGAUGCCAACAUUUCUAUCCCAGGCUGUGAUAAGAAUAUGCCAGGCGUUUUAAUGGCCAUGGGUCGAGUCAAUCGCCCCUCGUUAAUGGUAUAUGGUGGUACUAUUCAGCCAGGUCAAAGUUGCGGUGGAGCCAAAUUGGAUCUUGUAUCUGCUUUUCAAGCUUACGGUGAAUAUGUAGCAGGCUCUAUUGAUGAGCAAAAGCGUUAUGAUAUCAUUCGACACGCCUGUCCUGGUCCUGGUGCUUGUGGUGGCAUGUACACUGCCAAUACAAUGGCUUCUGCCGCUGAGGCUAUGGGUAUGACUCUCCCUUACUCUUCUUCUACCCCUGCUGCUUACCCAGAAAAGAAAGAAGAAUGCCAUAAAGCUGGUCAAGCUAUUCGCUACCUCUUGGAAAAUGAUAUAAAGCCUCGCGAUAUCAUGACACGUGACGCUUUCGAAAAUGCUAUGGUCCUCACCAUGGCUUUGGGUGGUUCUACAAACGUCGUUCUGCAUUUGAUUGCUAUUGCUCGUAGUGUCGGUAUCAAUUUAACUUUGGACGAUUUCCAGGCCGCUAGUGACAAAACUCCUUUCUUAGCCGAUUUGAAGCCUAGUGGUAAAUACGUUAUGGAAGACCUCCAUGGCAUUGGUGGUAUUCCUGCUAUUCUAAAAUACUUGAUGGAAGAGAAACUGAUUAAUGGAGGCGUGAUGACAGUCACCGGUAAGACGCUAGAGGAGAACUUACAUUCUCUUCCAGGCUUGCCUCAAGGUCAAGAUAUUAUCCGACCCCUCUCCAACCCUAUCAAAAAGACUGGCCAUAUACAAAUUCUACGUGGUAAUCUAGCACCUGAAGGCUCUGUUGCUAAAAUUACAGGCAAAGAAGGUCUUGAAUUCACUGGUAAGGCUCGCGUCUUUGACGGUGAAGAAGGGUUCAUUACUGCUUUGGAAAAUAACGAAAUUAAGAAAGGAGAAAAGACGGUGGUUGUCAUUCGUUAUGAAGGCCCCAAGGGUGGACCUGGUAUGCGUGAAAUGUUGAAGCCUUCCUCAGCGAUUAUGGGUGCAGGCCUAGGUGACGAUUGCGCAUUGCUAACCGACGGUCGAUUCUCUGGUGGAUCUCACGGUUUUAUCAUUGGUCAUAUUUGUCCUGAAGCCCAGGUUGGUGGUCCUAUCGGUUUAAUUAAGGAUGGUGAUGUUAUCACUAUUAAUGCUGAGACUCGUGAGAUGAAUGUGAACGUUUCUGAUGAAGAACUGGCAGACCGUAAAAAGAACUUCGUGGCACCACCCCUUAAAUAUACCAGAGGUACUCUUGCUCGUUAUUGUCUGACUGUAAAGAGCGCUAGUGAGGGUGCCGUUACUGACGAAGCAUAA